AUGGCUCAAACAAUCCACGUCGCCGUCCUCGACGUCGACGCCCCCAUGCCCGCCGUCUACGCCGCCAGAGGCCUCUACAGCUCCCAAUUCAGAGUCCUCCUCCAAGCCGCGGCGGCACGGCUAAACAAGUCCCACGCUUUCUUCACAGAUCACCCAGUCACCGUCCAUACCUCCGCCUACGAUGUCGUCGGUCAUUCCUUGCCGCCGCUGGAGUAUAUGCGGACGAGUCCAUAUUCCACGAGUGAAAAUGCAAAUGAAAAUGCAUCUGCAAAUGGACCAGGCCCCAUCGACGCAAUCCUAAUCACCGGCUCCGCGGCCUCGGCAUACGAAAGGGGAAAGUAUCCCUGGAUCCCGGAAUUGCAGUCUUUCAUCGUUGAAGUGUUCACGAAGUACCCGCAUGUCAAGAUCUUUGGGUCCUGUUUCGGUCAUCAGAUUAUUGCCCAAGCCCUGCUGUCUACAAUACAUCCGAAUGCACGUCCGGAUAACGACAGCAUCCGAACAUGCGUCGAAGCCUGUCCGUCCGGUUACGAAAUCGGCAUCCACCCCAUACAACUCAACAAAGACUUCACGACCCAUUUUGCCCCUUUCUUUCCCAAAUUAACCCGAAAAGAUGAGUUUAGAAUCCAGUUGAUUCAUGGUGAUAGAGUCAUUCCUGUCUCUUCUGCUGCUGCGGCGGCAUUGUUACCGCGUCCCUGGAUCAACCUGGGAAGUACUCCCCUCUGUCCCGUACAGGGGAGACGUGUCUUGAGUUUGCUAGGAGGGCGGGGUGGGAGAGGUCGUUUGUGGAGGACUCCUUGGUGA